CGCUGUUACAUUGCCGAAUUAGUUAGCGAAGUGAGACAACUGCGGCUGGACGUGGGCGCAGCUGUGCGAUUUUCGGUUCAAACAUUUUCAGCUUAUUAUACGUAUAUUAACGCUUGUAAUAAUAUGCAAUUUUCCGGGUUUAGAGUGAUUUAAUUAUAUUUCGCUUAUUUUCAAAGACACAAUCGAAAAUUUCGUAUCGAAUUAAGAAAGAGGUGGAAAUUACGGCAAGUUAAUAAGCCUUUUCGCUUUGUUGUGGGUGUCGAAUAUACUAGUGCAUAACUGUUUUUGUGACAGCCUCUAAUGUUAGAGUUAUAUAGUAAAUCGAAAUAAAAUAAAAAUCGAGCUGAGCAUUUACGACAUUUAAAAUAGAUUUGAACUGUGACUUCGCUAUGAAAGAAAACAUUUAUGGCGGGCACUGUGAUAGCGAGCAACAAACAGCAAGCAGAUAACAAAGUACUUUGACCUUGAAAGCCAUGAAUGAUUGAUAAACUUCCCAACGUCUCGCAUUCUAUUAAAAGUGAACAGUAUAAAUAUACACAUACAUACAUAUAUACAUACAAAAAAAUUGGUUACCAAAAAUUACUUUAAAUAUACAUAAGUGUAAUUUUUACAAAAUCGUACAAGUGUAAUACCGUUAAGUGUGUGACAGAAAACUGAUAAUUUCGUAAUAAAAAUAACCAUAAAAAUCAAAACAAAGUGUGAAUCAUUGCAAUAAUCGUCAGUGAAGAGUGAUAAUAACUGCCGUCCAAAGAUCACUAGCCAGCCGUACGAUCAGCAGUAAAUACGCGCAUACACCACACGUGUUUAUUCAAUAUCCGUCCCGCAAACACCGGCAAUCACGUAUCUUGAACUCAUCCAUUCGCAAGUUCGCUCCUGCUUUGCGAACAUUUUUUCGACGAGCCGUCCUUUUCAUUGUAUGGCCAGCGCGAUUAUACGCAGUGUAGCGGUACAUUCACGACCUGCACUCUCGAUCCAUCUAACCGAUUGUAUUUGCAUUAAUAACGGUAUUUCGUCUGAAUGCUCAUCACCAUACACGCCGAAAGGACUGCCACCGGUGGCGCCUUAUAAGCCAAACCCACUAGACGACGAGAGCUUUGAUUUUAACGCCUCGAAUACACCGACAAUAUCAUCAGCGUUAUGCGCAUGCCUCAAUUGUACUAAAACACCACCCUACUGUUUUGAUCGUUUCAAAAGUGCCAUUGUCUCAACAUCAACCACUGUGGACCUCCGUAAAGAUAAAACUUUGCAUAAAGAUAAUUUACCAGCUAUUCGGGAAUACAGUGCGGUAGAAGAAGACGCAGCGGCAUUGGGUGCUCUAAGCAAGAAACAAUCUCCGCUCUUCGGCAGAAAAAAGCGUAACGAUUCGUCAGCUGCUACGCUAUCGCAAUCAUUCUCCUUACGCACCGAGGAACCAUUCUAUGCCCAACAGAUUAUAGUGGGGCCAACAACAAAGAAGGAUAGUGGUGAAGCGAAGCAUACAAAUCAUCAACAUAAAAUCGACCAUAACGCUGUCGAAGCAAUCAGCAUGAGCGUAGGCGUGGCAAACGGCGCGGCUGGUAGCCCAAACAAUGGCACCGAUAUAAAUCGCAACAACGGGCAGUUACGAAAUGGGGUAAGUUUGAAUUUAGAUAGUAUAAAUUUAAUGAAAAUUGUAUAGAAAUACAUACAUACU